AUGAUCACUUACUUCUUUCUCUUACAUCCUUACAACAACCACCUUCCAUAUCCUCAUAAUGAUCACUUACUUUCUUUCAUCCUUACAUCCUUCCAUAUCCCUCAUAAACCACCUUCCAAUAUCCUCAUAAUGAUCACUUACUUACUUUUCUCUUACAUCCUUACAACAACCACCUUCCAUAUCCUCAUAAUGAUCACUUACUUCUUUCUCUUACGUCCUUACAACAACAACCUUCCAUAUCCUCAUAAUGAUCACUUACUUCUUUCUCUUACCCUACAACAACCACAGUCCACUUACUUUCUCUCUUACAUCCUUACAACAACCACCUUCCAUAUCCUCAUAAUGAUCACUUACUUCUUUCUCUUACAUCCUUACAACAACCACCUUCCAUAUCCUCAUAAUGAUCACUUACUUUCUUUCUCUGAUACAUCCUUAUCCAACAACAACCUUCCAUAUCCUCAUAAUGAUCACUUACUUCUUUCUCUUACAUCCUUACAACAACCACCUUCCAUAUCCUCAUAA